AUGAGACGCUUCGCUGCACCUCUAAAAGUUUCCGCGUCUACAAAGUCGGAUGCCAACCCAAAUGCGACUUCCAAGGAGAAUAGCAACGCGAGCGCUGGAACAUCCGUAGCGUCGGCGUUGGGACCCUCCAAAGUCGAAGAAAUCACGUCUCCUCACGAGUUGACUGCCUAUGUCGAACAGCUCUUGAAUCAAAUCGAGGGUAAAUUUGAUGACAUGUCCUCUCAGAUUCUCGAAAGAAUGAACGCCAUGUCCACCCGGGUAGACGCAUUGGAAGCUUCGAUACAGGAUCUUAUCAAUGCCAGCGAUAAUCAGCAACCUGGUACCCCAGGUACACCCAGCGUGCGAUAG